UCUUGUUUUCUGUUGGUUUGGUGGGUAGUUAGUUUAGUUAGUGUUUGGUUGUGCGAUUCAUGUUGUAUAGGGCAUUUAAUCGCGAGCUACAACAAAAUUUAAUUUAGUUUUAAUGAAAUUGCUGUCAAUGGGUUCACAGAAGUUAGAGAAUAACAAUGUUUCAAGUAAAGCAACGCCGAAACCAUACGGAAAGAUCGUUCUUUCUCUUACAAAUUGUCUUUUACCUGAUGAAAAGUUAAGUCCUACUCCAUCUAAGGUCGAUGGUUUGGAUAGUGACACAGAGACUGAUCUGAGGAUUUUAGGCUGUGAAUUAAUUCAGACCGCAGGAAUAUUGUUGAAGUUGCCUCAGGUGGCAAUGGCUACAGGACAAGUUUUGUUUCAACGGUUUUAUUAUUCAAAGUCUUUUGUUCGCCACCCCAUGGAAACGACAGCAAUGGGGUGUGUUUGCCUUGCCUCUAAAAUUGAGGAAGCACCACGAAGGAUAAGAGAUGUUAUAAAUGUAUUUCAUCACAUACGUCAAGUAAAGAAUCAAAAGACAAUUCAACCAAUGAUCCUGGACCAACAUUACAUUGCUCUCAAAACGCAAGUGAUCAAGGCUGAAAGAAGAGUUCUAAAAGAACUUGGCUUUUGUGUCCAUGUUAAACAUCCUCAUAAGAUAAUCGUGAUGUACCUGCAAGUCCUAGGCUACGAGAAACACCAGUCGCUGAUGCAGCUGUCGUGGAACUACAUGAACGACGCGUUGCGCAGUGACGUUUUUGUACGCUACGACCCAGAGACAGUGGCGUGUGCCUGCAUUUACCUCUCGGCACGUCGCCUCAAGAUCUCCCUACCCAAGGCCCCUUCGUGGUUCAGCCUCUUUCAUGUAACCCAGACACAGAUAGAGGAUGUUUGUAGGAGGAUACUGCGGCUCUACGUCAGGUCCAAGCCCAACUCAGAGGAGCUUGAGAAGAAGGUAGAGGAACUGAGGAGGGAGUACCAGGAGGCUCGACAACGAGCUCGUGGCAUCUUGUCUGGCAACAACACUCCCAACAGUGGUGCCUCACCCAUCAACAACACCUCUCCAAAGAACAACCACUCUGACAAGAGACGCAGUGAGAGCAGGAGUAGGUCCAGGUCUCGCAGUCGUAGUCGCACCCCUUCCAAACACAAGCGUUCCAAGAAACACAGCCGAGGCAGGUCAAGAUCAAAUGAUCGUAGGAACAAGAAGUCUCACAAAUCACGGCGUAAUAGCUACACCCCCUCUCCCUCCCCACCACCACACAAGCGGCGUGAGAAGACAAGAUACCGAUCACGCUCUCGCACACCUGUGCGUGCCAGUAGCUACGACAAGUAUUACCCUAGCAGUGAUAGUAAGAAAUCCAGAGCAAAGCACCGUCACUGACCCAAGCUGUCCUAAUGUUUUAAUUUUUUAUAUUAUACAUUUUUCUAUUUUACAUUUUAGGUUUUAUUAUUUAUAUUAGAACUUACUGGCAUCUCGUCUCUUGUACAGUAGUUGCAUAAGAUGUGAUCCAUAUAGUACAAUUAAAUCAAUUUUUAGUGAUGUAUUUGUAUCAAAUAUUGUCAAUCAAUGAAAAGAUUAAUAAAAUAAAAUAUUUUAAAUGCCCUGUAAAAGUUUACAUUAUGUGUGUUUUUGUUACUAGAAAGAAUCUAUUUAAAUUGCGAUACACCCUGUUUAUCAUAUUAUGUUAAGAACCUUAACAGUGUUGACAUAAUUAUGUUCACAAUGAAUACUAGAAAUGUUUACAUAAUAAUGAACAAUAUUUAUCCACUAACAUUAAAAUCACCAACAUGCUACUGUAUGUUUAGUUCCCCUUCAAAUAGAAGGUAUUUUGCCAUAUUUUGUCCCAUUAGUUUUUGUCAGAAGUACUAAAACAAAACAAUUUAGUUAUAGUGUGUUCUUGCUAUGGUUCUCAAGCAAUAAAAAUAGCCUUCAGAAUAAUUUUUUAAACCUUGGACCUAAAAGAUAUUAAAAUGUAAAAAACUAAUAUUAUUUGCUGGUAACCAUUUUCCGAAGAAGCUUAGUAAAUCUUGUAGGUUUUGGUUUAAGUACUAUUUUAAUGAGCCCAACCGCAAACUGUGUUCUAACAUACAAGUUCAUAGCAACAAAAAACAAUCUAUAUUACUAAUUAUAUAAGCGAUUUAAAAAAAUCAAAAUUGUUAGAGUUUUAAAGCUCACAUCACAGGAUGAUGGGAGAUGGCUCAAAUUAAAGGUCUUGGUCCCAUGGGGUUGGUAAAAACUAAAAAUAGCAGAUUAUAUCCAAAAUCUACCAGAAAAUAAGAAAUAAGGCAAAUAACAAAAAAUAUCUCCCGUUAAAAAUUCAUUGGGAUUAAAAAACGAAUGUGUAUUUUCAUUUUUAUGCUACUUUUAAUUCUGUUGAAUAGAGUCUGUGAAGUUUGUUUACAAAUCAACAAAUAAUUUAGAUAAAUUCUGCUUUCGUGAUCUAAAAAUCAUCGACUUAUUAUUUCCAGAGCUGCUGUGUGAAAGAUCAUUUGAUUCUUAGUUUUAAAUAUAACAAUAAUUUGUUUUACUACAUGCCACUAGUUUAUAUUAACUAUCGAGAAUUUUAUUUCUCUUUGUGUUACAUUUACAUUCUGUUGGUACAAUUUUUGUCAGUGUCAUCGAAUAAAGUGGACAUAAAGUAAUUAAAGUACAAGUACACUAGUCGUGCAAGUUAAUAACUUAAAUAACCACAUAUUGUUAUUAACUCGGUUGUGGUCUUAACAUUUUAUGAAACGGCGUUAAAACAAAGCUUUUAGGUGAUUUUUUGAGAUUUUUGGUACUUGACUAUUUUUAGUGGGUUUGACAACUUAAUUUUGUUAGUUUCCUUUUAUAUUAAAACUGACAUAGUGUGCUUUAGUCGGCUGUUGAAUUUUUGCCAAACUUGUUUUGAAUCACCUUUUCUUUAUACAAGCUCUUAACAAUGAUGAGUAAUACUAUUGUUAUAACAAAUCAAAUUAUUUUGUUGCUUGAGUGGAUAAAACAAAUCACAACCCAUAGAAACUUUAAAGGCGAGUUAAGACACCAACUAUCAGCAAACUUAAGUUUUCUACCAGACUAAUGGCUAUGUCAAUAGUUUUUAUGUGCUUUCAUAUCUCAAAAUGUUACAGAGCUUACUAUAUUUUUUUUAUGGUAAUACUUACUCCUUUAAUGUAAUGACACUGUAAUUAAAAUGUAAGUUUGUAAAUAUUGGGUCAAACUAUUUUAUACAUUAGUUGUAAAUAAAUUCAUGUAC